AUGCCGAAAGCACGGAAACAUAGGCGCAAGGUCCCGGUAACGGCACCUCCGCCCAUCGGUCCUUCUCACUCCGCGGCGGCGGCUUCUGCCUCGGCCCGCCCACAAGUCACACGAGAUACCAUUCGUCGAUUUCACGUUCUACUCAAACGCCAGACUCAGUUGAAGGCAUUCGAUCGGAAAGGAAGAGGAAACGCGCGUGCUUCAGCCACGGAGUUGGCAGAUAUAGAACGAGAAAUCGAGGAGUUGGGUGGGCUUGCUGAGUAUCAGCGCAUGUCGACUAUUGGUCAAGGCAAAGACCGCGGAGGCGGCAGCGAGAAGAUCCUCAUCCCUUGGUUGCGCGAAGUCGGGCUGUCAGAUGACGUUCAGGGUGCGGGAUCGCGAGCGCGUCUUCUCGAAGUCGGUGCGCUCAAGCCCGACAACUAUGCAUCGUGUCAGGCGUGGUUGGACGUGACACCCAUAGACCUCCACUCGCAGCAUCCGGCUAUCGAGGAGAAGGACUUCCUGCUGAUGAACCCCGCGGAGCACCGAGAGAAGUGGGACGUUAUCAGUCUCAGUCUCGUUCUGAAUUUCGUACCCGACGCCAAAGACCGAGGCACAAUGCUCCGGUUAGCACACACGAUAUUGAGGCCCGAGGGUCUGCUCUUCGUUGCACUCCCUCUGCCCUGCAUCCUGAACUCGCGGUACAUGACGGCUGAGCACUACAAGGGCUUGAUGGAGACAAUCGGGUUUGAAGAGAUUCGGUCACGAUGGAAAGAAGGGGGAAAGAUGGCUUAUUGGCUCUUCCGACGGACAGCACGGCCAGCAUCCUUGUCUGAGCAACAGCAUACACUGUACGACAAGAAGACAACGUUUCGGACUGGCAAUAGGAACAAUUUCGUCGUCUUGUUGUAA